AUGGCCGAGCUGUCCAACCAGCAGCGCUUCUUCCAUUAUUUUCAACAAGAGAUCACAGGUAUUGCCAGACUUGACUGUGCAGUCCAGCCAUAUGCUUACACUUUUCCUCACCCAGCCUUGCAAGAGCAGAUGAACCACCUCGCCGACACUGCCCUCAUCGGCGGUGAACGCUCAGAUGCCUCGGAUCACUGUCUCGCAGGCAUCACGCGACUCUCAGCCGAAGUCAAAGAUGCUUCCAAUUACCUCCCUUCCUACGACCAAAGGACCUAUGCUGAGGCCAUCAAAGCCCUGCAGGAGAAAUUCGAAGAAUCCAAAAAGCUGCACGCUCCCAAACCCAAGUUCUCCUUCAAAUCAGCCCACAAGAGUCCUUCUGCUCUCUCGCUAAGCGAUGCCGCCGAGAUGGCCGCUCAGAAACGUCGAGAUAUCCCAGGUCACCUGUCCCCUAACUUCCAGGACUCCCCGACUCCCUCGUUUCCCAAUACUCCUGCUUACGUGCAUACACCUCCCAACGAGAAAUCCUCCUCAGCAGAUCAAACAUCAUCAAACACCGGAGAUCUCAAUAGAACCGCUAGCAAAGAAGGAGUCAAUCCGUCUUCGUCCACAAAAGACCGGCCGUCACUCUCGACAACCGCGACCUCCAUCUCCAUCAGAAACCAAACGAACACACACAUCAUUCUCCCAUCCUCCGCCCUCCACUCGCAGACUCCCUGUAACCUCCAACAGCUCACCAGCUGCGUUGUCGACCUCUCUGUCCCAAGCACCGCGACUAGCCCCUUCGCAAGCCUGACCAUCAACUCAGCUUCCUCAUCACUCUUGAUCUGCGGCUCCGUCUCCGGCCCGGCUCACAUCACAGGCGUCAAGAACAGCGUCAUAGUCCUCAAGGCCCGCCAACUCCGGAUGCAUGAAUGCGAGAACAUCGACGUCUAUCUGCAUUGCAGCAGCAGGCCCAUCAUCGAAGAUUGCAAGGGCAUCCGGUUGUCCCCCUUGCCAAAAUUCCAAUCCGAACUCCUUCCCUCGCCAAAAGACGGCGCGGAACCCCCUAAUCAAUGGGACCAAGUCGACGACUUCAAAUGGAUCAAAUCCGAACCGUCACCCAACUGGUCCAUCCUACCGCCCGAAGCCAACAUCCCUGACGAGACCUGGCGAGAAGUCGUCCCCGGCGGGCCCGGCUGGAGCACAUUGCAGAUCCUAAAUGCCGUUGGGAUUGGAGGCUGA